CUCGUGGCACAAAAUCAGAUAUUUAUAGCCGCCGUGAAACCAAACCAAUUACCCGGAAACACAAUCUAACUUCACCUUCUUUUUUUUUUUUUGUGACCCAUCAAAAAAGGAUGGAUUUUUCCAAAUGGGCUUUUUUAAUCUUUGUAAUUUUUAUCUUUAAACCCCAAAUCUCAAGUGGGGUUAGUGAGAUUUCAAAGGAAUUUCUAAAUCUUGCUAAAAAAGAUGAAGUUUUUGAUUGGAUGGUUGGGAUUAGAAGAAAGAUACAUGAGAAUCCUGAACUGGGUUAUGAAGAAAUUGAGACAAGUAAAGUAAUAAGACAAGAAUUAGAUAAAUUAGGUAUUGAAUAUAAGUACCCAGUUGCAGUUACAGGGGUUGUUGGUUAUAUAGGAUCUGGUCAACCUCCUUUUGUUGCUAUUAGAGCUGAUAUGGAUGCUCUGCCCAUGCAGGAAAUGGUGGAAUGGGAACACAAGAGUAAAAUUCCUGGAAAGAUGCAUGCUUGUGGACAUGAUGCGCAUGUCACUAUGCUUCUUGGUGCAGCCAAGAUUCUUAAAGAACAUAGCCAUCUUUUAAAGGGGACGGUAGUUCUUAUUUUCCAACCAGCUGAAGAAGGCGGUGGAGGGGCAAUACACGUCGUAGAUAGUGGCAUUCUUGAGAACGUUAAAGCUAUAUUUGGUUUACAUGUAUAUGCAGAGUUACCUUUAGGUCAAUCAUCAUCUAGAUCUGGUACUCUUUUGGCUGGGAGUGGCUUCUUUGAAGCUGUCAUAACUGGUAAAGGAGGUCACGCAGCCAUUCCUCAGCAUUCUAUAGAUCCCAUAUUAGCAGCUUCAAAUGUUGUCGUUAGUUUGCAACAUCUAGUCUCCCGAGAAGCUGAUCCUCUUGAUUCUCAGGUAGUCACUGUGGCUAAGUUUCAAGGAGGCGGCGCUUUCAAUGUUAUUCCAGAUUCAGUGACCAUUGGUGGUACCUUUCGAGCUUUUUCUAAAGAAAGUUUUAUGCAACUUAAGCAACGAAUCGAGGAGGUUAUUGUAGGGCAAGCGACGGUACAAAGGUGUAAUGCUACUGUGGAGUUCUCCUCAAAAGACAAACCUUUUUUUCCUGCCACUAUAAAUGACAACGGCUUGCACAUGCACUUCCAGAAGGUUGCAAGGGAUCUUCUUGGCCCUUCUAACGUAUUAAACAUGCUACCAUUAAUGGGAUCGGAGGAUUUUUCGGUUUACCAAGAGGUAAUACCUGGUUAUUUCUACUUUCUUGGAAUGAAGAGUGAAUCAAAUAAAAAGCCUGCAUCAGCACAUUCUCCAUUUUUUGAAAUUAAUGAAGAUGUACUUCCCUUUGGUGCUGCAAUGCAUGCCUCUCUAGUUGUUAACUACCUCAAUGAAAUUCAAGAAACUCAGUUGGAUGAAAAACACCAUGAUGAACUGUAAAUUUCUUUUUUCAGUAUAUAUGCCAUUGUUGUGUCAUUUGGCAGAUUUUGCAGAACGUUUAUCUCACCUGCAAAUGAUAAGGAUACACUAUUAAGGUUA